UUGUGUUACCUGCUUCGAAAUAAACCGUCGAAUCUUCGAAAUAUCAUACCUAUCUUCGAAAUAUUCGUGAAAGCAUGGCUGAGGAGCUCGAAGCCUUUAUGAGGGCUGAAAGUAACGAACCAUUUUUCGAACCUACCGAAGAACAAGAAGAAAUGUUAUUACUCGCUGAACGUGGCGAAUCGAUGGAUUUUCCAGACAGUCCAGACGAGCUCGACUAUGAACCGAUGUCAUCGCCAAAGCCAAAAUCUCCUCGAAAGAAUUCACCGAAACCAAAAUCUCCUCGUACUCCACCGCCAAAGUCUCCGGCCAAAUCGCCAAGCAAAUCCCCAAACUCGACAAAAAAACGCAUCGACAAAGCAGUAGGCGAAAUCGCCAAAGCGGUGUUAUCUCCAUCACGAAACAUAGAGCCAACUCCAUCUGGCUCGGGUUAUGUAUUUCCCGAACAAGGGCGCAAACCAACGCGACCCGCUAAAGUUACCAUCGACCGUACUAGAGCUCGAAAGUCAUCGCCGAAAAAGAAGGUGAGUUCGACAAUUCAACCCGUCGACAAUAUCGAAGUGAAAGGCCGCAAUAAAAAGCCCCUAAAACCAGCAAUAAAAUCACCAUCGAAGUCGCCAAAAUAUAAAUCGACAACGUACAAGCCACAAUCUCCAAAAAAGGCAGUCUCGUUCAAAAGUUCAUCGUCAUCGUUGUCGUCGUCGGCGUCGUCGUUUUCGUCGUCAUCAGUAUCGACGUCAUCGUCGUCGUAUUCGUCAUCAUCGGCGUCGGUGAGCAGUGUCCCUAAGAGAAGAAGCAGAUCCCCAAAUCGUUCGCCGAGAAAAUCUAAAUCUCCGUCUCCUCGCCGAUCGGUCUUCGAACGCCUAUCGACCAACGAAGAAAAUCUAAAGAAGGAGAUAAGAGGGAACAAGAUCACGAUUACCGAUCUACGAUCUCAAUUGAAAUCGAGGAAAAAUGAGAUUCGCAAUUUCGAGGAGGCGAUUCUGGAUGAGAAAAGGCGAAGGGAAGAAGACAGGCGACAAAUUCAGAAUUUAAAUAGAAGAAUCACCGAAAAAAACCGGACGAUCGACGAAAACCUAAUCCAAAUUCAACGCCUCAGCGAACAGGUGAACGAACAGACGACGACGAUAAACAAUCAAGUGGUGACAAUAUCGAAUUUAGAGGCACAGCUAUUGAGAGCGCCUCAACAGGAUUCCGGACGGGUAUUUCUAGUCGCUUCAGAUCCGGCCGAAUAUCAGUACGUGUACUAUAAAACCACUACGUUGAUGGGCACUGGCCUUUUUGGGGCUAUCAAUCGGCGUCUUGUAAAAAAUCUAGCGUCAGUAGCAGCGCCGAAAACGUAUUUAGACAAAUAUCGCGGGAAAUUAAUUCAUCCCCAGGACGAGUACCUGUACAUCGAAAUCUGCAUGGAGGACGUCCAAUGCUUAGCAAUACCCGUAUUCAAGAUUAAGAAAGAAGUCGACAAACUCGUUACAUUUUUGAUGGAAAAUGAAAGGACCACGAUUAUUUUUUCGUACCUGGCCGACACGAAGAAGCCAGCGGUUGAUGGGCGAAUUUCGGAAAUCAAUCAUUACUUUAAACGAUUAUCGGAGCGCGACCAGACAAAAAGAAUUCGUGUUUCGAAUCAAAUCAGAAGACUCACAGAAAUGUAUGGACCUCGAAGACCAUACUUCGUACAAACCGAUGGGAAAUUAGUACCCGAGUUUGAAUAUAUCUCCUAUAUCGUCCAGAACCUCGAAGCCGACAAAAACUGGUCACCGGAUAGUCCAAACUAAAGAUACGUACCACCGAAGAUCAUCGAAGAUACCGAACAGCAAAGCCGAAGAAACCGUUUCCAAAAACACCAACGACAAAGAAUAACAAUCAACACCGGUCAACGAACG